CAGGCGGUGGAUUAUUGACAUUUGAAAAGAAAAAGCGCCAACUCUGCGAAGUUUUUGCCCAAAAGUGCAUUUUUAUAUUAUUCUUUACCUUUUAAUAGAAGUUUUAGCAUCAAACAACUAUACUGUAUUUCAGCAAAAAUGACGUCAUCACCUAAAUUCAAGAAUUUAGGUUGUAAGCCUAAACAAUCUCCAAUAGAGUUAAAAGAAAAAAUGAGAAAGAAUUACAAAAACAAAAUUCAGAACUGCCGUGGUAUGUUGAUGGAUAAACUGCGAGGCUCAUUAUUGGAAAAAGAUUUAUGCAAUACUUUAACUGACAUAUACAAAAGUUUAUACAAUGGUGCUGGUGAAAUUGAUGAUGAAGAAUAUGAACUCAUGGAGGAACUUAAAAAUGAGCUAGUACAGGAAGAACUGGAGUGGUGUAUCAAAGAGUAUGAAAGAAGUCAAAUGGAAAAUAUUGAUUGGUCCUCAGUUGAAGAAGACAACAAUGUAAUUUGUCCAAUAUGCCAGAAAAUAAAUGUUCAAAUUAGAAAUGGUCAUCUUAACUGCUCUCAGUGCAAAAUUGCAAUUAAAACACAAAAGCCACUUACAGAAAUUAAAAAGACUCUUUUAAGUUCAGUAGAUACUCAUAAUGCUAUGUGCAAUAGUAAUGCACAAUUUGGAAUAGUGGCAGAAGAAAAUGAAAGUCAUGUUUACCUUAUUUGUGAUAGUUGUAUGGAAAUGAAAUUAAUAGUUUAAUAUCCUAAACAUAUUUGUUAACACAUUUGGGUUUGUUAAGCUGGUAUUUCCAAAUAUUAAUGUUUUAACAAAUAUUGGUGAACUCUGUUGUUACUAGAAUAAGUGGUUGUGACAAAUUCUUGUAUUGUAGAAGGUUUCUUUAGAUUUUUCUCUUAUUUUCUCUAAUAAAUUGUUAUUUAAUUGUUUGAUGACACUGUGAAUAAGUGGUGUUUUGCUCUAAUUAUUCAAAUCAUAACACAUAAUUCAAAGAAUAGACCAGUCAAUAUUCGCUUCAGCAUGUAUAACACACCCAAUUUCAGUCAAUGCAUGGUUUAGAAAAACAUUUUUAUAAAUAAAAAUGGUGUAGUUAAAAAGUCCACUUGUUACAAUUUGCAUAUAUGAAGGAAACAAGUAUUUUUAUAUGCGUAGAUGUAAGGACAACUAAUAAAUCUCUUUUAUAAAUCUGUACACACAAAACUUGUUAUUGUUUUGAUUGAAGAAAUUACAAUCAUUUUGUCGUUUUCUUGACCCUUUAAGGUAGUGUAGAAGCUUUUUUUGUUAGCAAUUGUAAUUGAUUGUAGAAUAUAACAUUAUAGAGUAGAAUUUAUUAGUUUCAUGGCGCAUUUCACCAUUUGCACCGCGAAUUAGUAGUGUUGUUAAUAUAUCUGUGAUUGUAUUUUUAUAAGAACCCUUUUUUGUUAUGUUGACAUUGCAAGAACAUUGUAUGAAACAUGUCGAGAAUGGAAUUUAAUUGUAGACCAUAAGGCAUUAGUAGCUUUGUUAAAAACCAUAAAAAUAUUUUUAGUUUAGUGUUAAGAGCGCUAUUACAAAAUCGAAUCGCUCAGGUUUAGGUAAAUUAGACGAUAGCCGGCAGCACUUGCGCGCGUGUGCGUCUAGUGAAAUACGCAACGCACACCUGCGGACCGGAACGCGGCACAAACAAACUUGAGACUUUGGCACUUUUUUUCCGAAAUAGUUUAUUGGUUUUAUAGUUUAUGAAAUAUUAUUUGUACUGAUGAAUUUUAUAACCUAGAAUAGCUCGAUUGAGUUACAAUAAACAAAUAAUCGUUUACAAUUUUUAAAUUAUUUAAUCGACAACCAAACUUUUCACCAUGUUUAUCAAUUAGGUAUAAGUAAUUGAUUUAUAAAAAAACUAAAAUCUAUAAUUCGUCUUCCAUGUAUUGCAUCUUCAUUUUCCUGCAACAAUAAAAACUAGGAAUGUAAAUAGUUUAUUAAAACAAAUAUGUCUGUCGCCAGUGACAAAAAAUACUUCUCAUAUUAUUUGUACUUGUAUCCGAUUGAGUCUGAUAAUCUGAAUUAAAUAUGUUUUCAUUAUCCUGCAAGAAUCAAAGAUAUCCAAUAAUAUUAUUAUGCAACAGCGAAACUAACGACGAUGACAUUUACGUACAUAUUUCUAUAUAACCAACAUCAAAAAAAGAGAACCCAAUCUAUAACAUUUUCGCAUUAGAAUAUCAUGGGCUAAUACUUAUGUAUAUUACAUUUGAAUCAGAUCAUUAUAACUAAUAAAUAAAUUAAAAACUCACUAGUAUCAAAACGUGUUAGAUGCGUAGGUUGCACUAAAUUAUUCGAACUCCGGCGAGUUUACGCGGCGCAACAACGAGCGAUACGUCCCUCCUCGGUAAGCGCUUGGCGCUGACUAAAGUUGAACGCCGCGCGUCACAAGAUUUAUAUUGAUUCUUUGCAUUGCAAACAAAAAUUAUUUUAAAAUAUUGUUUUACUUUUAAACAGACCAAUUUUUUUUUUCAAGCUUUAUAACAAUACCACCUUAAUUAUUAAAGGUUUUUUAUUUGAAUUUGGAUUAUACUUUCAUAGAUAAAAAAUAUAGUUUUGUACGGAAAAUUGUCAGUAACUCUCAGUUUUAUAGAAUUAUUUACUAUAUGAAUUACUGUAUGAAUUGUAAUAAAGUGGUGUAAGCAAGCACAAGUACAAGAUAUAGUUGUAUCUUGAACAUUUUUAUAAAUGGUUAAAUUGCUAUAUCCUCGGAGUACUGAAGCAUCAAAAGAUCCCCAAAAGCAACAUUUUAUGAAACAUCCUUUGCAGAGACAAAGAUUUUACUGAUGUACGUGGACAAAUUAAAAUAUUUAUUGAAAACAGCCCCAAGAUCAAUGAUCAAACUUUCUUAAUCUUAUUUUUGUUUUUUUUUUUGUGACUAUAUCCAAAGCAUAAUGACGCAUCAAAACUCGUAUAAAACUCGAAAAUUUGUGAUAGCCCUCUUAAUAUUUUUUUGAUAAGUAUUAUCAGUUUGUCAUAGAGUAUUCCUUAAAAGCAAUUGUUUUUGAUUAUAUUUUCUGAAAUACAAUUUAUUAUUCUUUCAUUAAUUUUCUCUUAUGUUGAGGUUGCCUAACAGUAAAUGGUAAAAAAAAACUACUGGUUACAAAAUAAAAAAUGACAUUUUAAUCAAUUCAUGAAGCAUGGUAACAAGGUAUAUUGUAAAUUAUUAUUUUGUCAUAUCGGGGUUAGAACAUUUUUAUUACAUGUGAUUAAUUCCUACCAAAAGAUUAGACUAAACGGUAACUUGUAUAAAAUGUACAUUAAUUAUAAUAUGUAAUAUAAAACAGUACCAUCA